UGUGUUGGACACAAGAAGGACAGUUCUGAGGACGAAGGCAGAAUUGCCUCUACUACAUGAUCAAGGAGAUAUGAAGCAGCCUCUGGCCCUGUCUCUUCUCCUGUUGGGGACAGUUUCUGCUUUUCAUCUGGAGGCCACACCCACCCUGGAAGACCCAAAGAGACCGCCAGACCUGUGGAAGGAUGCAGAUGGUUCAAGGGAGCAGGAAGGAGAUUUGGCUCUGACCCAAGAGACAAUGCAGACAGAGGGAGAGGAGGCUGAGGGUUCUGAACAUCAAGACAUCUUUGAAGAUGAGGAGUCCAACCCAGAUGCCUUAGACAAGGACUCAGCAUGCCCCAGGGAAGAGGACACAGCUAAUUUGCAGGGAGCUCCUGGGUGCAAGAGCUGCCGCUAUGUGCUGGUUAGGACUCCCAAGACUUUUGAUAGAGCUCAGCAUGUCUGUAGGAGAUGCUACCAUGGCAAUCUUGCGUCCAUCCAUAGCUACAGUUUCAACUACCAAAUCCAAUGCUUGGCCAGGAAGAUCAACCAGUCCCGCAUAUGGAUUGGAGGCAUCCUUAGGGGCUGGUUGUUCUGGAAGAAGUUUCGCUGGACUGAUGGGAGCUGCUGGGAUUUUGGAUACUGGGCCCCAGGGCAGCCUGGGAGUGGGGGAGGACACUGUGUGACUCUAUGCACCACAGGGGGCCAUUGGCGAAGAGCUUCCUGCAAACGCCGCCUGCCUUUCAUCUGCUCCUUCUAAGUUGGAGGUAGGACUCUACCUUCGAACCUCCUGCCUUCACAGCCCUGGCUGCUGGUGUCCCACCAUUUGGCAUUCAGUUCUGUCCCCUGCCUCUCCUGGUCAAAAAGUCAGGCUUUCCACUGCACCUAAGUCUUGUUUCUUUCCUUUGUGGAACUCGCUCUGUAAACCAGGCUGGCCUCGAACUCAUCGAGACCUGCCUGUCUCUGCCUCCUGAGUGCUGGGAUUAAAGGCGU